CGGGUGGUCUAGGCGGGGCGUCGUGGGAAGAGGGGCAGGCGGGCGGCUCGGCCUGGGCGGGGUUGGGGCCUCGGAGGCCCCUCCCCGGAGUGGGCCUGAGGGGCGCCCUCCAGAGGGUGGCCAGGACGGCCGAUCCUGACCCGCCCGGGAGCUAGCCUCAAAGCUGCGUGGCGAAGCUGCCUUAGGCGACGGGGCAGGUGUGCGGUGUCUGGCGCAUGGGGGUUGGGAUUCAGGAGAGGCCUCUGGACUUGGGUGCGAACGUCAGAACUGUACUGAGCUGCAUGAGAAGUGAGGUUGUCGCUUGUCGCCUGGAGGCCUCGGGUGAUGGAUUCACUCUUCAGGUGGCGAAGAAGCUCUGAGGAGAGAGGAAUUUAUUCUCCUCCACGUCCCAGCCAUGCCCAGCCUCAGAGCGCGCUCUGAAGAGGCAGAAAUGGAGCCCUCAGUUCCUAGACCAUCCCCUUGGAUCCCUGCAGCCCAGGCGUGUGUGAGUGAUGCUCCUGCUGUGACCCACCCUGGAUCAACACUCCGUGAUCCCCACUGCUGUGACUACACUGAGCCAGGAACCACCCCUUCUCACCAUCAGCGGCCAGAUUGGGACACCAGGACUGAGGACAAGGAGUUUCUUCAGAAGAGAGAAGUUUCUGAGGAUUUGGAAUCACAGGCAGAAGUAUCAGAAAACUAUACCAGUGAUUUUUCCCAGGCUUCUGAGCUUGGAGAACUCUGUGAGGAUGUCCUGGAGGGAGAUUGGGCAGCCCCUGACAAUGAGAAACGGGUGCAGUCCCACUACCAGGAGCGGUGCUUCACACCAGUGGCAGUGCUCCUUAGCAGCACCUUAGAGAAAGAGCUAGGCUGUAAUGACUUUGUGAGAAGCUUCAGUCUGAGCCCAAACCCAAUGGCAUCUCAGGGAAUUCCUACAGAAGAGAGAACACAUAUGUAUGACAUGUGUGGCCACAGCUUCCAACACAGUGUGGAGUUAACUAGCCAUGAAGGGCUUCACGUAGCCGAAAGCCCACUCAUAUGUAAUGAUUGUGGGAAAACCUUCAGAGGAAACCCUGAUCUUAUCCAGCAUCAGAUAAUCCAUGCUGGACAGAAGUCCUUCAUAUGCAAUGAAUGUGGAAAAUCCUUCAGUCAGAAUUCAUUUCUUAAAAGUCAUCAGAGGUCUCAUGUGAGUGUAAAACCCUACCAGUGCAGCGAGUGCAGGAAAACCUUCAGUGUGCAUUCUAACCUCAUUAGGCAUCAGAUUAACCACAGUGGUGAGAAGCCUUAUGUAUGCAAUGAAUGUGGAAAAGCCUUCAGCCAGAACUCAAGCCUUAAAAAGCACCAGAAGUCUCACAUGAGUGAGAAACCCUAUGAAUGCAGUGAAUGUGGGAAGGCAUUUAGGCGGAGCUCAAACCUCAUCCAGCAUCAAAGAAUUCAUUCUGGAGAGAAGCCGUAUGUGUGCAACGAAUGUGGGAAGGCCUUUAGGCGGAGCUCAAAUCUCAUUAAACACCAUAGGAUUCAUACAGGUGAGAAGCCUUUCCAGUGUAAUGAGUGUGGGAAAGCAUUCAGCCAGAGCUCACACCUGAGGAAGCAUCAGAGAGUUCACACUGGAGAGAGACCUUAUGAGUGUAAUGAGUGUGGCAAACCAUUCAGCCGGGUUUCCAACCUCAUUAAGCAUCACAGGGUUCACACUGGAGAGAAACCCUAUAAGUGCAGUGACUGCGGGAAGGCCUUCAGUCAGAGUUCAAGCCUCAUUCAGCAUCGAAGAAUUCACACUGGAGAAAAACCUCAUGUGUGUAAUGUGUGUGGAAAAGCCUUUAGUUACAGCUCAGUGCUCAGAAAGCACCAAAUAAUCCACACAGGAGAGAAGCCGUAUGAAUGUAGCAUCUGUGGGAAGGCCUUCAGCCACAGUUCAGCUCUCAUUCAGCAUCAGGGUGUGCACACGGGUGACAAACCCUAUGAGUGUCGGGAAUGUGGAAAAACAUUUGGUCGGAGCUCCAACCUUAUCCUUCACCAGCGCGUUCACACUGGGGAGAAACCCUAUGAAUGUACCGAAUGUGGAAAAACCUUCAGCCAGAGUUCAACUCUCAUUCAGCAUCAGAGAAUCCAUAAUGGAUUGAAACCUCAUGAAUGUAAUCAGUGUGGUAAAGCCUUCAACCGAAGCUCAAACCUUAUUCACCACCAGAAAGUUCACACGGGCGAGAAGCCAUACACAUGUGUCGAAUGUGGUAAGGGCUUCAGCCAGAGUUCACACCUUAUUCAACAUCAGAUAAUCCACACUGGCGAAAGGCCAUAUAAGUGCAGUGAGUGUGGGAAAGCCUUCAGUCAGCGUUCGGUCCUCAUCCAGCACCAGAGGAUCCACACCGGCGUGAAGCCUUACGACUGCUCUGCUUGUGGGAAAGCCUUCAGCCAGCGGUCCAAGUUGGUCAAACACCAGCUGAUCCAUGCUAGGGAGUGAAACAGAGCUCCAUUCCCGACUCCUCUGGCCAUGUCCCAGCCUCACCCACUUCCCAGACUUGAAGCCAGGCUCACUUGCUGCCCUGUAAACCCAUAUCCCACUGUCCAAAAAACCUCAACCCUCCUUCCCCUGUCAUCAUUCCAGCCUCCUGUGACCUCUUGUUUCUUGUUUGUUUUGUUUAUACAUUUUGUUAUCAGACUGCCACAUUUAUUAGGAGGAAAAGGAUGAUGGAAGGUGCAUAUUCAUGAAUAGAGUUUAUUACUAUAAUCAAACAGAACCAAAAAAGUAAACUGACAUUUGGUUCAAAAUAACAACAGUAAUUCUUUUAUUUGGUAAUUAUUCAUAGUGAGUUCUUUUCUAUAGUUAUAAUGAUACUUUGUUUACAUAUAUCAGGUCGAGCUUUUCAGUUUGAAUUAUAGUCAUCCUUCCCAGAAGUGGUGUGUAGUCAUCACCACUGACCCUCCCAUACAGUCACUGGAUGCAGGACCCCUUCGCCCCCCUUGCCCUUGUGCCUGAGUCUGAGGUCAUGCUUUCUGCUUACAGUUCCACUCAGGGUUGCUGCACAAGUACACAUGCAGGUGUUUCCCAGCUUCCCAGCUCUGUGCCUUAUGGUCCUGGCUGUUGGCCCCACAGAGGCCUGCCCUCUCCAUGCCCCUCCUGUUCUCCCCACAAGUUCCCAGGUUGUUUUCUCCCAGGCCCAUUCAUCACCAGACAUUCAUGGAGGACCUGUGAGUGCCCCCAGUAGGUGGGGACCGGCCUCCUCAGUUUCCCAGAGCUGUGCCCUUCUCCGUGAGCAGGGGGAGUUGGCCCAGAAGCAACACAUCUGCCACGAGAGAGGCCCCUGGGUGCCAGCCACCAGGUCUCAAUUUAGGAGUAUCCUAGGAUGGGUGGACGGAGAAGCACUUCCCUCAUGGUUCAGGAGGAAAGGCAUUAAUGGGCAGAUGUAGUCAGGUUUGCAGUUGAGGUAGGAAGAUAAGGGCUUGGCUUCUCUGCUUUCAAGGAUGUAGAGGCAGAGUCAUCAGUUGCAAAUGAGGAGGGAGAGGUUUGAAGAGAGAAGUAUGUGAAAGUUGGAUCAAGGGUGCACAGGUUGGUUCCAUGGGCUUGGGCUACAGUGGGCUGCCUACCCUUCUCUCAGAGGCCAUCAGGGUAGCCCAUCACUACUCACUCACUCCCCUCCACUUCAGCCCUGCUUUCCCAAGGCAAUACACUAGAUAACAAACUGUCACACUUGCAGUUUGGUGUCAGCCUUGCUCUGUUAUCCUCAUUUGCUUAUCUUUCCACUCCAUGGAGACCUCCAUCUGUUAACCCUCAUUCUGUCUCACCGUCAGGCAAUCCUUUCUGGCUUCACAUUCCCCAUUGUCCAGCCUGGAUUCCACAACCCCACCCCCACCCCCCAGUGAAUACUUGUGAGAUACUUACUACAUGCCAUUCAUAGGGACACAGCAAGAAACAUGUCUGUCCUUGAGGUCAGUGGGUAGAGAAAAAUGGCCUAAUGGUCAUGGUUGUCAUGAGGUGAAAGGAAAGCAGGAAACAAGGUGUGGGUGUUUUGGCAGAUUCUGUUUUAAAUGGGGGCUGUCAGAGCAGGCCUUGCCACAAUGCCCUUUGAGUGACAACUUGAGGCAAAUGAGAAAAUGACCAGUGAAAAUGGGGGAGUGGGGUUGACAGCAAGAAUAGCUGGUUUUGUUGGGAAGCCAGAUCUGGGGUAUUAGGAAUGUGCAGAUUAUGACUGGCUGAGGUGGGACUCACAAGCCACCCACAUGGGUUGGCAAGUAGCUCUCUCGUUAUCCAAGCUCCUGCUUUGGGAAAGUGAAAACCAAGAGUCUUUUUUGAUUGAAGGCACAGUUUCAAUACACUUACACAAAGGAAGUAAAGUCACAAGAUUUGCUACACACACAUCCCAGAAGCAAGGGAGCACAAUGAUAGAGGGCAGUCCAUCAUCCCAGGUCAUGAGCAAGCAAGAAAUAAGAGAACAGGGUAGCAGGCACCUAUUACUUAGGAAGUGGUUAGGGUGGUGCGCACUGAAUUCACGUUCUUAUCUAAAUGCCCAGACUCUGAUAAUAGGGUUAUCAUACAGUAAAAUGCCUGGGCAAUAACUGGGAAAAACAACUUUUGUUUUUCCAUUCACACAGUACAAAAGCCCUGAGCAGAACAGGUCUAGAGUGUUCAAGAAUCAUUGGAGUUCAGUAUGGCUAGGAGUUGAGUGAGCAGAGGGAGAAGCAGAUGGGAUGGGUAGUAAUGGGCCAUAUCACAAAAGUCCUCAUGGCCAUGACAAGGACUUCGGCUUUUACUCUGGGUGAAAGGAGAUGUUGGAGGAUUUGGAUGACUUACAUUUUAACAGGGCCAUUGCUGUGUGGAGAAGAGGCUCUAGGGGCAAGCAUGUUCUCUGUAUCACUCCCUCAUCAACUCCUUUUGCUCCUUCCCCUGGCCUCCACACUGUUGGGAGACCUCUGGGGCUGAGGCAUGGCUGUGGGUGUCUGGAGACAGGAAGGAGGAGUGAGUGUCAAGCUCUACUGGACCCUUGUCCAUACCCAGUGUCUGGGCAGAAUUGACCACAUUUAGGGGCCUGCUAUCCGCAGCCCGAGAGUUUUGAUUUUGGAAUGUCACAUUUCCAAAGAGAAAGUCUGGGAAACAAAUGGUCAGCCACAAUUUCUUUCUUUUGACUUUGAUGAUGUCCUUGGAAAUGUUUCUUGGGAAACGGGCUGAGAGAAGCCUGAGUGCCAUCCCCUUGGUGCCAGCAGAUUUCAAACCAUUCAAGUCCCACUCAACAGGAAAUGUGCAGUAUGUACUGCAGCCUCAUCCCAGGCACAGCAAACACCCAGUUCAGUGCCCUUCCAUCAUUCCUUAAGCCAUUUUGGGCCUCCCCAAGGAACCCUGCCCUGCUCACCUCAGUUAUGUGAGUAAUAAACCAUCUCAUGCCCUCUUGG